AUGGGGCCAGUCACCCCUUCUGGGGUAAACGCUGACUACAGAAAUAGACACACAGAGAAAUAUAUCAAGUAUGACGUCUAUACAUGGUAUGUGCAAACUAUGUUUGAAAUUUAUAGCAGAGCAGUACAUAUUGCCAAAGAGGUUCGAUUCGCAACAGAUCAAGCUCAGUGUGAUUCAAGCUCACCAACUCAUGAUGCAAGUGAUGAAGAGAUAGAUAUCUUUUACAAUCAACUGCAGAGUGUAUUACAUCGAACUCCAAAACACGAUAUGGUGAUAGUAAUGGGGGACGUGAACGCAAAAGUUGGAAGUGAUAACACCGGCAGGGAUGCAUGCAUUGGGGUAAAUGUACAUGGCAUGGGACAGAUGAAUGAAAACGGAGAACGCCUAAUGGAUUUUUGUGAGAUGAAUGGGUUGCAUGUAGUAGUUUGCAACACCAUCUUUGCACACAAGGACAAUCAAAAAUAUACCUGGAUUUCUCCAGAUAAGAGAACAAAGAAUCAGGUCGAUUACAUCAUGAUCAACAAGAAGUGGAGGAGAUCAGUCAUAGAUGCCCGGACGUACAGAGGUGCAGACAUUAACAGUGAUCACAUACUCUUACUUGCCAAAAUACAACUGAAGUUAAGAGCAGAGAGGAAAGUGCAAGGACUGAGGAAGUUAGCAGUGAACAAACUUCAACAACCUGAGAUAAAGGAAGGCUUUAAGCUGGAGCUGAGGAAUAGAUUUUCUGCUUUAGAGAUGAUGGACAAAGGAAAAACAUAG